ACUUUGCUUCUCACUCUGUAUUUGAGUAAAAGAGGAGAAGCAGCUGGAGCUUUUGUUGCAUUCAUCUUAUUUCUUACUAAAGAACAUAUCUCCUGGAAUUCAAUUGAAAGAAAACCGAUUAUUAUGGGUUUCCUCUGGUCCAUCACUGGCUUCAAUCGUUAAAACAUCUAAAUGGCACAUAUUGGCACCAUAAAGACAUAGCUCAAGUUUCGCACAUUUGUCUCGUAUUUCAAGACAACCACGCAGAUCUACAGCUGGCAAGAAAGAUCAGUGAUUGCCACAAAGGAAGUAAAAGAAGAUGGGUAUCAAGGGCUGCAUGAGCAUCACAAAGUAUUUCCUGUUUGUAUUCAACCUGCUUUUCUUUAUUUUAGGAGGCGUGUUACUGUGUUUUGGACUUUGGAUCCUCUUUGACAGGAGCAGUUUUGCUUCCAUGUUAGGGUCCACCACUCCCACCUUGAAGAUUUGGUGCUAUGUGUUCUCUGGUGUGGGUAUCCUCACAAUGCUGCUAGGAUUUCUGGGCUGUCUUGGGUCACUCAAGGAAAUUAAAUGCUUGCUGGGAUUUUAUUUUGCCUUCCUUCUCCUGCUGUUUGCAGCUCAGAUCACCAUUGGCGUCCUGGUCUACACCCAAAGAAAUAAUAUAAAAACCUCUGCUGGAAAAUACGUUGAAGACCUUAUUAAGAGUUAUGGUUUAUAUUCAAACCAAACAGAUAUAGAGGAGAGUUGGGACUUUGCUCAAGAAAAGAUGAAGUGCUGUGGCUGGAAUGCUCCUGAAGAUUGGUUGCAGAAUCCAAAGAUUAGCAGCAAUUCCUCUGUUAGCUUGUAUCCCUGCUCCUGCAGGAAUAUUACGCGGGACCGCUCAUAUGCAUUCAGCAAUACUUCCAUUGAAAGCAGCGACUCAAGGAGCCAUUUCUGUCAAGCCAGUUCCAAGGAUAACUGGCCUGUGUAUCACACUGGUUGUAUGAACCGAAUCCAAACCUGGUUGCAAAACAACAUUAUCACUGUCGUUGGAGUGUGCAUAGGAAUCUCUUUGUUGGAGCUCUUUGUCAUGACGUUAUCGAUGUGUCUGUGUAGAAAUCUGGACCAAAACUACAACAAGCUGGCUCGUUAUUCCUAGGAGGUUCUUCCAACUCAGCACAAGGGACAAGGACAGGAGAUCGGACAUGAGGUCACAGCCAAGAAGCUCUCUUUUUACUUUCUGCUUCUAUAAAUGCACCACUAGAUGGUCACCCGUUCAUUUCUAGAGACUUGCUCUGCACCUACACAACAAAAAAUAGCUAAAUCCUCACAUAUGAAAACCAUCUGUUCAACCUCAUUAUUUCUAUAUCUGGCCACAACUUGUUCUAGGAAGAUCAUAGAGAAACAGAAAGUGUAUUUUUAUUCUCAUUUAUGUAUCCACUCAUAAUUCAACUGAGAGGUGCACUUUAGUGUGAGUGACUGCGUCAUUUUCUAGUUAGUAAUAGGGAUAGAUUUAUAAAGGGUUACCAGUUUCAGUAUUUUAACCCAUUGGUGGUGUGAUGGCCAGUGAUAUACUAUUGCUAAGUUCAGCACUGCUGAUGCAUUUAAUAAAGGGGAUAUUCAACAGGUUUUGUUUUUUACUGUUCUGGUUUCUACAGAACAAUUGGGACCUCUAGAGGUGAUUUUAGGUAUUAAAGAUAGUCUUUUUCUAGAAUUUGUAGUAUUUACUGCCGUUGAUUGAGUUGUGCAAUACCAGUUGGGGUAGGCUGUUUGUUUAGUACUUAUUUGCAGCUUUUUCAUAGUUGUUUUUCCCCCUGUCUUAAAGCAAUGAUCCAAAGAUUAGUAAGGCCAAAUAAACAUGUUAGGCUUUCUCUGCAGUUUGUUUGCUGUAGCAAAGCUGAGAUAUAUAUUUUUUUCAGCAUGACUGAAGAGCGAAGUAAGCGGUGUUUGUAAUAGAUUAUUCUAUAAAGACUAGAGGUAAUAAAGGUUAUAUUUAAUCUUAGACAAACUACUGGUAAAUAUAGGGAAAGGUCUAUUUAUAUAAUUGAUGACAUAGUGAAAUUAAUAGCAAAUGCAAACAUUGCAUUUUUAUUCAUGUUCCUUUAAAUUGUUUAAAGUUUACUGUGGUUUCAAAUGUUUGUGAUGAGCACAAAACUCACAAGAAGGGAUAUCCCAUAAUUCAGCAGGAAAGUUCAGUCCCUGAAUGCAUUGAGUGAAAGGGAUGACAAUCACUAGAUUCUGCCUUAAAACAGUUUCAUUUUAUGUUACGUGAAAAAUUGUUUGCUAAACAAAUAAGCUGUUCAAGAUGAAUAGUCCUGCGUUUAUGUAACAAACUCUUAGUAUUGUACAGUGUUUUUAAUAUGUAUACAAUUUUGUAUGUUUUCAUUAACAGUAUUUGCAUGGGAUUUAAUAAAUCUUUUUUU